GUCAUCACUAGUGGGAUUUUCUUCAAUUCGGUUCAUCUGACCGACUCCUCUCACACUUCACGAUCGCACUAAUUGACCCAAAAGUCAAUCUUCACUUUCCCCAUUGAUAAAAUGCCGCCCAAGAACAAGGGAAAGAAGGGCAAGAAGCAGGACGAUGAUGAUUUCUGGGAGAAAGCUGGCGAGACCGUAUCUUCGAAUACGGUAGCUUCGCCUCCACGCCAGGAUGAGGAUGAGGAAGAGACACAUGCUCCCGCCAAGGCAAGCGACAAUUUCGCAUUUGCCAUGCUGGACGAAGGUGGAGAAAACGAAGAUGAAGACUUUGGUGGUCUCAUGUCUACCAUCAAAGCCUCACAAGCCAAGUCGAAAAAGGACAAGAAAAAGAAGGGAAGGCCUGGUGUCUCGUUUGAAGAUGGCGCUGGUCCGGAAGAGGGGGAUGAAGCAGAGGAGGUAGCAGCGAAGGGUGACAUAUCCACAGCUAAGAAGCCGGUGGAAAUGACUGCUGAGGAGCUGGCGGAUGAGGAGUGGGGUGCUGCAAAGCCGAAGAAAGGCAAGAAGGACAAGAAAGGUGGCAAGGGGAGGGCCGCUCCUGUAGAGGAAGAGUUUGAAGAAGAAAUCAAACCUGUAACGACGGUUGCCGCAGAGCCGGAAGUCCCCAUGCAGGUCGUAGAAAAAACGGCUGAUGAGCAAGCUGAUGAAGAGUGGGGACCUCCAAAACCUAAGAAAGGCAAGAAGGACAAGAAGGGUCCUCAAGGCAAAUCAACACUGGUCGCUGAAGGGGAAGAGACGAGCCCUACAGAAAACGCUGAGCCACCAAUGUCCACACCUGCCAAAGCCGUUUCCGUACCAGCACCAACGAUCGGGGAAGAUGAAGAGGACGAGGAACCCGCAGGAGGGCGGGUGUUGUCCAAAAAGGAGAAAGAGAAGUUGAAGAAGGAGCGGGAGAAGGCUAAAAAGAAAGUGCAGGCUGAGGCGAAGAAAAAAGCUCUUUCUGCGGAGGAAGGCGUUCCGAGCACAAACACUGUUCCUGUUCCUCCCCCACCCGCAGACGCGAAGGAUGAGGAGGACGAGGAGGACGAGGAUGAAGCUGGCGGAGAUAAGAAGAAGAAAGAUAAAAAGAAAAAGAAAAAGAAGACCCCGGCGGAAGUGAAGGAGGAGGUGAAAGAGCCGCCGAAGAGAAUGAACAAAGCACUUGCUGCUCUCAAGGCAGCUCAGGAGGCACAGCGCGCCGCCGAGGAGGAGGCCGCGAGGAAGGCUGAGGAGGAGCGGAAACGUGCCGAGGACGAAGAAAGACGCCGUCAAGAGGAGGAACGACUUAAGGAGGAGGAAAAACGUAGGAAGAAGGAGAAGGAGAAGGCCAAGCGCGAGCAGUUGAAAAAGGAGGGCCGUUUGCUGACGCCGAAGCAGAAGGCAGAGAAGGCUGCUGCUGAGGCUCGGAUGCGGGCCCUUGUUGCGUCGGGUGUACAGAUUGCGGGACUGCAGGAGAAGACAGAGGAUACUAAGUCGAGGAAGGUCGUAUACGGCAAGUCCAAAAAGAAGACACCGAACGGAAAGGCGGGGCCGGGAGACGGUCAUUCAGCUUCCCCUUCUACACCAGCCUCCGUCGCCCCAGAACUGCCGAGCGUGCAAUCACCACAGUCGAUUGUAACCACCGAACUGACACCAGAAAUCACGGAGAUCGCUGACGACAGCGUGAAAGAUGACUGGGACGCAUCAGAACCCGAAGAACUAGCCAAGCCCGAGGAUGAUGGGGUCAAGGAAGAUUGGGACGCCCCUAGUGAUGAGGAGCCUGAGUCAAAACCUGUACGGAUUACCUCUCCUGCUAUUCCGAUUAUUUCAGCAAGGGGUGCACCGAUCAAUGGCAAAGCUCCUGCCGAGAAGAACAUUGACGAGAUUGCUACGCCAGCAAAGGUUCGCACUGUUGAGAAAUCUGCGCAUGCGGCCAAAGCUCCAGUUCAACACCCCCCUGCUGAAGAAGAAGAAGAGUCGGAGGAAUCUGAGGAAGAAGAAACCGAUGAGGAUUCAGAUGAGGAUGAUUCGGAUGAGGACCUAGAGGAAUCGGACGAGGAUGGAAUGACGACUACGCAGCGCAUUGCCGCGCGCCGCAAAGAAGAGGCCGCUCAACGGAGAAAAGAGCGCAUGGAGGCUGCCCUCAAGGCACGCAGCAAAGACAACCUCCGUAGCCCCAUUUGUUGUAUCUUGGGCCAUGUCGACACUGGAAAGACCAAGCUUCUUGAUAAGAUUCGCCAAACCAAUGUCCAGGAGGGUGAGGCCGGCGGCAUCACGCAACAGAUUGGCGCCACCUACUUCCCGGUGGAAGCCAUCAAGCAGAAAACUCUGGUUCUGAACAAGGACGGUAACUUCGAUUACAAGAUUCCCGGCCUCCUGAUCAUCGAUACACCUGGACACGAGUCGUUCACUAAUCUUCGUAGUCGAGGCAGCUCGCUCUGCAACAUCGCAAUUCUUGUCGUUGACAUCAUGCACGGGUUAGAACCCCAAACACUGGAGUCUCUUCGUUUACUUCGUGACCGUAAAACUCCAUUCAUCGUUGCUCUUAACAAGAUCGACCGUUUGUAUGGUUGGGUCGCCACACCCGAUGGCGCCUUCCGGGAAUCACUCGCGAAGCAAAAGCCGGCGGUACAGCGCGAGUUCGAGGAUCGUGUGGAGAAGACAAUCCUCGCGUUCUCUGAACAAGGUCUAAACUCCAUCCUGUACUACGAGAACAAGAACUUCGCCAGGAACGUCUCACUUGUCCCGACCUCCGCUGUAACCGGUGAAGGGGUACCCGACAUGAUCCAACUCCUGGUCAAUCUGACUCAACAGCGGAUGAGCGACAGUCUCAUGUAUUUGUCCGAACUAGAAUGCACGGUUCUUGAGGUGAAGGUCAUUGAAGGCCUAGGCACUACGAUCGAUGUCAUUCUGUCGAACGGUGUCCUGCACGAAGGAGACCGGAUCGUUGUCUGUGGUCUUAACGGGCCCAUAGUGACUAACAUCCGUGCCUUGCUUACGCCACAGCCUCUCAGAGAGCUACGAAUCAAGGGCCAAUACGUUCAUCAUAAAGAGAUCAAAGCCGCAAUGGGAGUGAAGAUCACAGCUCCUGGUCUCGAGAAUGCUAUUGCUGGAUCUAGGCUCCUCGUCGUAGGUCCGGAUGAUGAUGAAGAUGACCUCACAGAGGAGGUCAUGACCGAUCUUACAAGUCUACUAAGCAGCAUCGACAAAUCGGGCCGUGGCGUGUGCGUCCAAGCCAGUACUCUGGGUUCCUUGGAGGCGUUGCUUGACUUCCUCAAAGUCAGCAGGAUCCCGGUGUCUGGUAUCAAUAUCGGCCCUGUGCACAAGAAAGAUAUCAUGCGCGCGGCGACGAUGCUAGAGCGGCAGCGUGAGCUCGCCUGCAUUCUUGCUUUCGACGUUCCUGUAGACAAGGAUGCAGACAAGAUGGCGGAAGAACUGGGCGUUCGUAUCUUCAAGGCUGACAUCAUCUAUCACCUCUUCGAUGCCUUCACUGCGUACAAUGCUGAGAUGACCGAGGCAAGGCGUCGGGAUGCUGCACCCCAAGCUAUUUGGCCAUGCCGUCUCAAGAUUAUUCAGGCGUUUGCUAAACGUGAUCCAAUCAUCGUCGGCGUUGAUAUUUUGGAUGGCUCGCUCCGAGUUGGAACUCCAUUGUGUGUCGUCCACGUGGAUAAGGACACAGGGAAAAGGGAUAUUGUUGAUCUUGGGAAAGUCACAUCACUCGAAAUCAACCAUAAGAGCAUGGAUGUGGUCAAGAAAUCACAAGCGGGUGGAGGUGUCGCUGUCAAAAUCGAGCAUGCAGUCUAUCAGUCUGCAAAGAUGUUCGGAAGGCACUUCGAUGACAAGGACGAACUCUUAAGUCACAUCACUCGGCAGAGCAUCGAUGUGUUGAAGGAGACGUUCCGCGAGGACGUCUCGAAAGAGGAAUGGCGCCUUGUCGUAGCACUCAAGUCGAGACUCGAUAUUACCUGAGACAUCCAUUGAUUUACGCUAAGUUGACCUUGGUCACCUAGAUUCAAUAUAUCACCGCAUGCUUGUAAUCU